CCGACCAUUAUAACCACGCCACCGUCCACCCUGGAUGUGACUGUAGGAGAGAGCAUUGUGCUGCCAUGUCAGGUGACUCAUGACCCAUCUCUGGAGCUCAAGUUCACCUGGUUCUUCAACGAGCAGCUGAUCCACUUUGGCAACCACGGCGGAUACUUUGAAAAAGUGGGCGGUGUAAGUGCAUAAGCCUCCGAAUAUUCCCUCCCGAUUCCCUCCCGGGGCCAUCAAGCCUUCCAUUUAUAAUCAAAGUGUCAUGUCUGAGAAAUGGUGCCGUAUUACCACGCUUUUACACCAUGCUUGUCAGGAGCACUGCAAUGCAUAAUGAAUAGGAAGAAACACACAUAUUUUCUACACUGUGUUGGAGAUUGCUUAUAUUUUAUUUACGCCACUGCUCUCUCAUGAAAAUAUGUCAUUAAAGAGACAUUGAUUUUUCAACCCCUUCAGAAAUUACAUUGAGAAAGGUCAAGGGGUGAGCUGGUGAUACAUUGGAACAUCGAUACUGUGGUUCCCUUCCUUUAGUAUAAGUGAGGUCAUAUUAAGUAGGGUAUCCGCAGUGCAGAGAAUGUUUGGAUCAUGUGUAUUUAUGUGUGGUGAAAAUGUGCUGCACAAAAUUUAUUUUAAAAUUACAUUUACAUAUUCCCCAUCCCUCCCUAAAACCUACCAAGCUCAAAGGUUUCCUUUUUCAUUGACACUUUAUGGUAACUACAAAACACUUAAAAGCCCCUUUUUCAGCUCCCCUGUCUGAAGAAGAGUGAUGAUGAUCAUUGUUCCAGACGUGAUUAGUAGGGGCAUGUACAGUCUCUGGUCAGGUUGUCAUGUUUUUCAUUAUUUUAAUCAUAAUUAAGUUUUACAUGAUAAAUGACACUACUGGAGUUACAUAUAUUUGUAUGCUGUUUUUGCCACAUCCAAUUGAGCUUUUGUCAAAUCCAAUUUAUGACUGGUCCUGAUCCCACUCAGUACUGGGCUGAUUAAAUGAUAGUGUGAAAGUGGGAACUGCAAUUAGAAAUGGAAUAAAAAUAACUUGAGAACUUUACCUUUAAGCUUUGCAUGAUCAUUUAAAUAAUGAGGCCACUCUUCCACAGCUCAAAUCAGCACAUGUGUAUGAAUACAUUUGUGUAAUAAUUAUAAUUAAAGGUAAGUGCUCUGCCUGUCUCACAUGUACAGGUAUGCCGAUAACCCUUUUAAAACAUGGAAACAGAUCAUAGUUAAAACCCUAGAAUUAUAAUACAAUAAUAAGCAUACAAAGACCCUGAAUAGUUUUUUUUAAAUAUGUUAUUUCUGCUCACAUAUUGUUGUCAAAUCAGCAUAUUUAAUUUAUUAUAAUUACAUGUUGGUAAAAUGUUACUACAGUAUAUUAAUCAUUGUGCGUGUGUAUGUGUUUGCGUGCGCGCGUGUGUGUGUCUGUGCGUGUGUGUGUGCAUGUUCAUGUGUUUGUGUUGUAUGUUAGCAGCAUUCAGCUGGGGACAUCAUGAUUCGGAAUAUCCAGCUGAGACAUGCAGGGAAGUACACCUGUGCGGUACAGACCAAGGUGGACAGCAUCUCCAUCGCAGCAGACCUGGUGGUCCGAGGUACAGUACUUCUCUCCGUCUAUACAGGACAAGCAAUAUUUAAUGAAAGAUUCCUUUAUUUUAACUACCAAUGAUUGUUAUUUAAUAAUAAUGUAAUAAAUGCUUAUUUAGUAUUAUAAAGUAUCAAGCAAUGUUAACACUUUCACACAUUCAAUAUGGGUUACCUUUGUAGGAGGAAUUUGUUGAUCUUGAAAACCUUGUAAACCCCACAGAACUGAUCUUAUGUUGGAAAGUCAUUCUCAUGUCCUUGAAAGGUCAUUGAAAAAUAAUGGUAAUAGAAAAUGCAAUUUGAUAGGGAACAAUCCCACCCAAAUAGUUUUUGGUCACUUGAUUGGUUCAGUUAUCCAUGGCAACAACAAAGCAUUAUUUAAGUUAGCUGUGCAGAUUUGAAGGGGUCCCAUCUGUGUCUUUAAGACUGAAUGAGAUGGACGCUAGGUAGUAGUCUGUGUUUAGGCAUUGUACUCUGUGAGAUCAGUUGAAAGAUGGUCAGAUAGAGACAUAUCUCUCUUGUCUUUUAGAUGAGAAAAUAACGUCUAAUCUAAUUAGACAGAAAAGCUCCCGGAGGUUUCACACCAAACUGAUUUCACCAGCUGUACUCCUAGUGCUGAAGGCAGACAGUGAUAAGGACAACACUGCUCUGCUCGUCUUUUAGACCCUCUCUCUAUCUCUCUCUCUCUGGGCGAACGCGAGCGGAGAGAGCGUAAGAGAGAGAGAGCAUCGACGGCGAAGAGCGGGAAGAAGACAGAUAUACUCGCCCUCUCUCGAGCUAGCUCUCGGGAGAGAGCUGGCUCCUGCUCGAGAUAUCUAUGUAUCUCUCUAUGUCUCUCUCUCUCUCAUCUACAAGCUCUCUCUUCUCUCUCUCUCUCUCUCUCUCUCUCUCUCUCUCUCUCCUCUCUCUGUCUCCCUCCGUCUCUCCUCCUGCCUGGCUGUGUCCUUUAUCUGCAGGUCCCCCAGGCCCACCCACCAGCAUCCAUGUAGAAGAAAUCAGUGACACCACAGCCUCUCUCUCCUGGAGGCCCGGGCCUGAUAAUCACAGUCCAGUUACCACAUACACCAUCCAGGCCAGGACACCAUUCUCCCUGGGCUGGCAGGCUGUCACCACAGGUAGGCUCUUCAACCAGCUAUUGCCUCAUCAAAGUGUUAUAUAGGGGUCUGAUCUCCAUUUUCUCUUCUCCGAGUGAGAAUAUAGGCCUAUGAGUGAUUUUACUUCAAUGGCACUCAAUUGUUCAGUGACAGGGUUCACUGUAGAUUUACUUAACAGCAGGGGUUGUUGAAAUAUGGAUCCAUUUCCAGAGGUCUGACUUACAGUGAAUGGUGCUGUUUGUGAGGUCCACCCUUAAGGUGUGUGUUUUGUCUUGUGUGCGUGUGAGUGCACCGUGUGUCCUUCUGAGUAAUUAGACCCAUGCACCUGUGGAGUGUGCUCAGUGGGCCUGUCAGCCUAGAGGACACUCUCCUGCUACCUGCUUCAUUCUGAAGGUAGGGGGCUGUUUUGUUUUGUGCCAGUUCCUGAGGUGGUUGGGGGCCACCGUCUGACAGCUACAGUAAUAGACCUGAGCCCCUGGGUGGAAUAUGAGUUCAGAGUCCUGGCAAGCAACGCCAUUGGGACCGGGGAGCCCAGCAAAACAUCCAAACAAGCAAGGACAAAGGAAACAUGUAUGUACUGUAUUCAUUGAAUCCCUUCAAUUCUGCAUGUUUUCUGUUUUUCUUAUGUGCAUCGUCUUGCCAUUAGAUGGUCUGGUAUGGUGGGAAAAAGCUAUUUCAAUGUCAAAGAAUCUAAUCCGAAUGUGUUGAUAUCGUGUUAUCUUUGAUGGCUGGGGUCGACUGAGUUGAGCAGGAUUACGAUUACCCUCUGUUCCCCCAGCUCCGAAGGUCACACCAGCUAAUGUAAGCGGAGGUGGAGGCAGUCGCUCAGAAUUAGUGAUCACUUGGGAGGUAAGCAAGCCGCUCACUCCAAUACUCCCUCACCCAUGGAGGGGAAGCCAGACGUCAUUAUUCUCUAAGGAGUCGGGCCGUUUUUUCAUUAAUAACAGCAGCCAGGCUUAUUGUAUGGCAUUUAAUUUUUAAGAACAGAGAGGCAAUAACUGCUGCUGUCACCCUGGGGGAGAGAAAAAUGCCUUUGAGGUUUUAAUAAGAUAAUUAAACAGAACGGUUCUUCACAAAGUCACAAGCAACUUUUUCAAAGAUUGUGCUUUCCUAUCUUUUUCAGUCUUACAGUUUUUUUCAAUCACGUACAAGCAUUUUUUUAAACAAUGUUGCCAAUUUUCAAAACAAAGUUCACAAGAUACAGAUCUCUAUGGCCUUUUGCAAAACAGUAAAUGCUUUGUCAAAAUGUAGUUGCCUUCUCAAAACAUAAAUACAUUCAUCAAAACUAAAUGAUACUGUCAAAAUUGCAAAUACAUUCAUCAAAAGAACAUGCCUGCCUGCAAAAAGAUUAAUGCAACUAUACUUACGUCUUGAAGUCAAGUAGACAAAAAAGAAAGUUAAUUGGUCUUUUAAAAAUCCCAGUAGAUCAAUACAUUUUCUUUGCAGUCACUAAAUGAUUAUCAAAAUUGGAAGUACAAAUAUCCAAAGGUGAAGAAUUAUGGGCAAUUACUCUCCUUUUAUGUAUAUUUCAUCAAAUAAUUUCAUACUCAUCAAAUCAAAUAUUAUUCCUGGUAACAAAAAAGUAUUAAAAGGUGCAGUGUGUACAGGAUGCAUUCAUCGGUGUCAUCACAACCCAAUUCCAUGUAUUCAAUACAUAGAUAUGAUAUGCAAAUCAGGUACUAAAGCAAGAAAAUGAUCGGAAGUUCUGUAAAUGUAUUUGAGCAUUUGAUCAUUGCUGUUCUGCUAUAGAUAUGUUUCAACACAGAUCCAAAAAUUGCUUGUAUGCAAUUGAGAAAAUAUGUGAUUAGUCCUGCUUGAAAAUCAUCCACUGCUGUGAAAGUUUUGCUGAUUGACUAUUGAAUGUUAAUGAGUUCAAUUACAUUUUAGUCAUUUAGCAGACGCUCUUAUCCAGAGCGACUUACAGUUAGUGAGUGCAAACAUUAUUUUUUUACUUUUCAUACUGGCCCCCCGUGGGAAGCGAACCCACAACCCUGGCGUUGCAAACAACAUGCUCUACCAACUGAGCUACAUCCCUGCCGGCCAUUCCCUCCCCUACCCUGGACGACGCUGGGCCAAUUGUGUGCCGCCCCAUGGGUCUCCCGGUCGCGGCCGGCUACGACAGAGCCUGGAUUCGAACCAGGAUCUCUAGUGGCACAGCUAGCACUGCGAUGCAGUGCCUUAGACCACUGCGCCAGUCUAACUUUGCCUUAACAAAGUUCUAAUACAGCCUUGACUGAAGUUACUUCAGACUAGAAGUAGCUACACAUUGAAGUGAAAACGUAAGCUGUCUGUCUACAUACUAUACAAUAGCUACUCUCACUCAAUGUCUUGCUUUUCCCUAGCAGUGGUGGUCAUUUAAGAUGAGGGGGAUGAUAAUUUUUAUUAUUUCUAUUACAGCAUAUUGGAUGACUGUCAUUCAUAUUCCAUUCACCCAGCUCAAUGUAACAUCGAUAGGUUUAGGCUACUACAUAAUAGCCACAUUUUCCGUAUACCCAUCAUGAGGUUGCUAGCUACAACCUAGCCUAUGAAUUAAAGUUUACAACGUAGGUCGAGAGAAAUUUGAAUAAUCAAAUCUCUUGCCUGCAUCUAACUGAUCUAGAGUGUAAUCAUUAGUCCAACAGUUGCAAAUGAGAGUUUCUAUUGUACAAAUUCAGGUAUAUUUAUCCAUGUUUAAUUCCGUUUGCAUCCGUUUAAGAAACGUUUUUCAACAGAAUCGGUGGAAUAAAUACACCCCUGAUCACACGCAAACACAGUUCACUUUCAUAGCAGCCACAUACAAACAGCAUGAAUGAUCCCUUUGAUCGUUGUAUUCCUUCUCGUAUCUACGCGCUCUCCUAAUCUCACCUUUUCCCUUCGCUUGUGGACUUCAGUGCACAACACAUCAGCUUUCUGUGACCAGGUGAAAAAACAUUUCCAAGCCAAACCUUCAUAUCAUAACCACUAACCGCUACACACGGCCUACAUCAUUGUUACCAUAUUAACAUCAUAGUCACAUACAGUGCAUACGGAAAGUAUUCAGACCCCUUCACUUUUUCCACAGUUUCAGCCUUAUUCUAAAAAAUGCGAAAUGUGCAUCCUGUUUCCAUUGAUCAUCCUUGAGACGUUUCUACAAUUUGAUUGAAGUCCACCUGUGGUAAAUUAAAUUGAUUGGACAUGAUUUGGAAAGGCACACACCUGUCUAUAUAAGGUCCCACAGUUUACAGUGCAUGUCAGAACAAAAACCAAGCCAUGAGGUCUAAGGAAUUGUCCGUAGAGCUCUGAGACAGGAUUGUGUCGAGGCACAGAUCUGGGGAAGGGUACCAAAAAAUGUCUGCAGCAUUGAAGGUCCCCAAGAACAGAGUGGCCUCCAUCAUUCUUAAAUGGAAGAAGUUUGGAACCACAGAGACUCUUCCUAGAGCUGGCCGCCUGGCCAAGCUGAGCAACCAGGUGAGAAGGGCUUUGGUCAGGGAGGUGACCAAGAACCCAAUGGUCACUUUGACAGAGCUCCAGAGUUCCUCUGUGGAGAUGGAAGAACCUUCCAGAAGGACAACCAUCUCUGCAGCACUCCACCAAUCAGGCCUUUAUGGUAGAGUGGCCAGAUGGAAGCCACUCUUCAGUAAAAGCCACAUGACAGCCUGCUUGGAGUUUGCCAAAAGGCACCUAAAGGACUCUCAGAUCAUGAUAAACAAGAUUCUCUGGUCCGAUGAAACCAAGAUUGAACUCUUUGGCCUGAAUGCCAAGCGUCAUGUCUGGAGGAAACCUGGCACCAUCCCUACGGUGAAGCAUGGUUGUGGCAGCAUCAUGCUGUGGGGAUGUUUUUCAGCGGCAGGGACUGGGAGACUAGUCAGGAUCGAGGGAAAGAUGAACGGAGCAAAGUACAGAGAGAUCCUUGAUGAAAACCUGCUCCAGAGCGCUCAGGACCUCAGACUGGGGUGAAGGUUCACCUUCCAAAAGGACAACGAUCCUAAGCACACAGCCAAGACAACGCAGGAGUAGCUUCGGGACAAGUCUCUGAAUGUCCUUGAGUGGCCCAGCCAGAGCCCGGACUUGAACCCGAUCGAACAUCUCUGGAGAGACCUGAAAAUAGCUGUGCAGCGACGCUCCCCAUCCAACCUGACAGAGCUUGAGAGGAUAUGCAGAGAAUAAUGGGAGAAACUCCCCAAAUACAGGUAUAAAUAAUAAAUAAUAUGCCAUUUAGCAGACGCUUUUAUCCAAAGCGACUUACAGUCAUGUGUGCAUACAUUUUUUACGUAUGGGUGGUCCCGGGGAUCGAACCCACUACCCUGGCGUUACAAGCGCCAUGCUCUACCAAUUGAGCUACAGAGGUGCCAAGCUUGUAGCGUCAUACCCAAGACGACUCGAGGCUGUAAUCGCUGCCAAAGGUGCUUCAACAAAGUAAAGGGUCUGAAUACUUAUGUAAAUGUGAUAUUUAAGUGUUUUUGCUUUGUCAUUAUGGGGUAUUGUGUGUAGAUUGAUGAAGGAAAAAAUGUCAUUAAUUUUAGAAAAAGGCUGUAACGUAUCAAAAUGUGGAAGAAGUGAAGGGGUCUGAAUACUUUCCGAAUGUACUGUAGCUACUAGAACUAACGUGUUUAAACCCACUACAAUCGUGCAGUACAGUGUACAUUCAGCAGCAAGCAGUUUAGUAGUUACACCGGUGGGCCCCGGUGGCAAUAAAUUAAUACAACCAAAAGCUUACCUUGACUUGGAAGAGUUCCAGUGUUGGAUAGCCGUAGCCAGCUAGUUAACAUAGCAUCCCUCUCUGUUUAAGCCAGGUGUUUGAGUAGGAUAAACUAGGUAGCUGCAUUCUCUAGCUAAGUAAGUCGAAGUAAGUGAAAAAAUAAUUCCACAGAAUAUAGCUACUGUAUCGCUCUCUCUCUCUCUUGCUUCUCCUUCAUUUUUGAAGAAAUUAAUUUGUUAAAAACUGUUUAACUUCUGUCUUUCUCUCUCUUUGAGUCAACGACUCACCACAUUUUAUGCAUUGUUAGCUAGUUGUAGCUUAUGCUUUCAGUACUAGAUUCAUUCUCUGAUCCUUUGAUUGGGUGGACAACAUGUCAGUUCAUGCUGCAAGAGCUUUGAUUGGUUGGAGGACAUCCUCCGGAAGUUGUCAUAAUUACUUUGUAAGUCUAUGGAAGGGGGUGAGAACCACAAACCUCCUAGGUUUUGUAUUGAAGUCAAUGUACCCAGAGAAGGACGGAAACUAGCUGUCCUCCGGCUACACAAUGGUGGUACCCUACAGAGUGCUGUUGAGGCUACUGUAGACCUUCAUUGCAAAGUGUGUUUUAAUCAAUUAUUUGGUGACACAUUAAUAUAUUUAGUAUAGUUUUAUUUAAAAAGGAUACCUUUUUAAUGUUUCGCUAUUUUUAUUUUUAUGAAAUUCACUGAGGAGGAUGGCCCUCCCCUUGCUCCUCUGAGGAGCCUCCACUGUUCCCAAAUAUUAUAAAAUAGAAUGCCCUUUAUAUAACCAUACAUCUUUGGGGAGUGUUGAUUUGCACAAUAAAAGUCAGUCUCCAUAAAUAUUUGAAAUAUUAUGUGCUUUCAGUCUUAACAAUAGCUAGAUGAAGGUAUCAUGCUGAGGGCGCUUUAUUAUUGAUGGAUGUGGGUGUUCACUACUUGUGCACCAGUUUCAAUGUGUGUGUGUGUGUGUGUGCGUGUGUGUGUGUGUGUGUGUGCAUUCGUGUGUGUGUUUUCUUGCAGCCUGUUCCUGAGGAGCUGCAGAAUGGGGGAGGGUUUGGCUAUGUGGUGGCCUUCAGACCGUACGGAGCCACAGGCUGGAUGCAGGCCGCAGUGCCCUCACCAGAAGCCUCCAAAUAUGUCUUCAAGAACGAGAGCAUCCAGCCCUUCUCCCCCUUCCAAGUGAAGGUUGGAGUGUACAACAAUGAAGGGGAAGGCCCUUUCGGACCCGUCAUCACCAUCUACUCUGCAGAGGAAGGUUGGUAAAGAAUGAUGUCAUGUCAGAGGAGCGGCAGUGCUUCUCAGGCCUCAGUUCACACAUAGCCUUUAAAAGCCAAUGGAGAGGAUCUCUGGAUAAUUUAUUCCCGGUCAUUACGGCGAUCUUGCUGCCAAUGCUCUCCUAUCUGCAGAUGGUUGGUUCACACUACUGCUGGUUCUGGUUCUCUCUCUGUACCUCUGAUGAAAGAGAUGGACCCACUUUGAGGGUCAUCAAAGCCUGCCAUUACUUUUAAUCUCAUUCAAAGUAUUUUUACAUUCACCCAGAGCCUGGCAGAGCGCCCACCAGGAUCCGAGCCAAGAGUCUGUCUGCGUCUGAGAUUGAGGUUUCAUGGAAAGCCCUGCCUUGGAACACCAGCAAGAGAAGAGUUCUAGGCUAUGAGGUCAGUCAAGUUUUUUCCUGUUUCUCUUUACCUAUUUGUGUGUCAAAGUGUUUACUUGUAUGAGUAAAUGCGUGUGUGUGUGUGUGUCUGUGUGUGUGCAGUCGCGAGCAUAUACAUGUGUGUGUGCAUGUGUGUAACAACUAAUGCUGUACAAUCUUGUUCUGUUCUAUUAUUGAUGAGUGUUGCUAGCUCAUGCACAUUGGGCAACUCAGAUGUAAUAGCUUGUUAUGUGUAAUGGUCCAGCCAGGUCCCCUGUCUGUUGAGUUGUGUUUCUCUUGUUGCUGUUCUAAGUGCUGUUACUAACUACACUUAUUAGUCUAACAGUCUAGUGAUGCAAUGCACCAGGGGACAGAAUGUUUAGCCUAUAAUCCACACAGUGUACUGUAGGCUAAAAGGUCUUCUUAGUCAGCUCACUAUUGACAUAAAGUAUUGGAAAAAAAGCCUAUUUUCAUACAUGGGAUGCAUAAAGUACCGGAAUUAUGAAUUGUUGACCAUUUAAAGUUAACAGGGAAGUGGGGCCUGAGCAAACUGUUCCUGUGAGGGAAGACAAAUUAUAUUUGUGCUGUCAACCAUGCCAGCUAUUUCAGCCUGGACACUCGGGUGACAAAGAAAAUCUGUUAUCAGUCAACUUGACAGCUUGGACAUUUUGUACAUUGUGAUUUCUCUUUGACCACGCCAUUUAAACACUCCCUCACUUCGAGAGCUAAGUAACCAGAACCAAGGCACCUUACCCAUGGAAAGACGAGAAUAUAUGAGGUGACACAUCAUGCAAUGAAAUGCUGUUUUUAUAUCAAUUCACUGCAGUUCCAGUUUACAGUUCAUGGACAGUGUCUACCAAAAACAGGUUUUUACAAUGUUCUCACAAAUUAGUGUCUGCGUUAAUGUCCCUGGUUAUCCACUUUCUAUCUGGUCUCAGUUGAGGUACUGGGAGAAGAGAGAGAAGGAGGAGGCAGCCAGUGUGCAGAGGACGGUAGGCAACCAGACGUCAGCCAUUAUCCGAGGGGUGAGAGGAAGCAACACGUACUACGUCACAGUGAGAGCGUACAACACGGCCGGGGCUGGGCCUCCUAGUACAACUGUCAAUGUCACCACCAAGAAACCACGUAAGCAUCUACCCUGCUUUUGGUUUGAGAGGUUGUUUCCAUUGACUUAUUGGAGAUCAUGUGAUCUUCAUCCUCAUGUAUUUGUGUCCCUCAGCGCCCAGCCAGCCCCCGGUGAAAGUGAUGUGGAACACAUUGAAUUCCAAGAUAAUCCUGAACUGGGAGCAGGUCAAAGCCCUGGAGAACGAGUCAGAGGUCACCGGCUACAAAGUAAGGAAGCACUGACUGCAUGGAUUUCGUUAGAAAUAGUGGCCGUUGUCAUGGUUUCUCCUGGGUGACCUUCUACCUCUGUGGUCCAUUUCUAGGUGCUCUACAAGGGUAACCGACACAGCCGUCCUAGUGUCAUGGAAACCAACACAACGUCGGUGGAGCUCUCCCUGCCUAUGGAUGAGGAGUACUUCAUCCAGAUCAAACCAUUUGGGGAGGGAGGAGAGGGGAGCAGUAGCAGACAGAUUACCAUCCCCAGAAUACCAGGUCAGUCUCUAGUGGACUGCUCCCUCACACUUCAAUGAUCUCAAUGGCGUUGCUAUAGCUAUUGCCAAUACUGCUUUAUUGUUUUGACUAGGGACUGGAGUUUUUCUGGCCCUAGUUAUGUCUUCAAAAGGUACAGAUAGAGUAAGGAUUAUCCGGGACGCAUAUAAAAAUGAAUAAUGCCAGGAUUUAAUCCCAGCCUAAAUUACUUUUUGUAUGCAGAAAUGCAUGUAAAUAUGCCCAAGGUUUGAUCAUCAAAGCAUGUAGUAGCACAAAAAGCCUUCAACAAUGAAUUGCCAACCAGGCUACUUGUCAUUUUCUGUAUAAACAGACAGACUAUCAAAGCCCAAUCAUUUUCAUGUUUUUCAGGUCCCAAUGCAAUUGGCUCGGCGACCAAGGUCUCUACUUUAUCAGCCCUCAGUACAAUAGCACUGUCUUUCACAGCGCGGACAUCGUUA